AUGUCUCAGGUCUCCCGCAAAGGACCCCUCCUCAUAUUUGCCGCCGUUGCAGGAGGCCUACUGUACGCGACAUACGGCGGGCGCCAGCAGCCUCGGCCCUUGGCGCGGGGUUCGGGAGCCCCUGGAAUUUCGGAGGCGUUGGAGUCGGCUGCAGGAACGGGAGGAACAAGAGCCCGGGGCCUCGAUGAGCCAGUCGGCCCCCCGGGGAGCGAUAUCAAAGAUGCGCAUAUCGGAACCAGUUCGACGGAUGCACCGAGUAAGAGGAGUGCGGGGAAGGAGGAGAGAGGGCCGUGA